AUGUCGACCGAAGAGGAGAGCGCAGUGAAGGAGCCAUUGGAUCUCAUCAGACUCAGUCUCGACGAACGCAUCUACGUCAAGCUCCGUUCGGACCGGGAACUCCGCGGCAAGCUUCAUGCAUAUGACCAGCAUUUGAAUAUGAUUCUUGGGGAUGUGGAAGAAACUGUGACCACAGUAGAGAUCGAUGAUGAGACUUACGAAGAGAUUGUCAGGCACACAAAGCGCACAGUACCUUUUCUGUUUGUCAGAGGAGAUGGUGUCAUAUUGGUUUCUCCACCAUUGAGGACAACCUGA